AUGGAUAUAUCAUUGAAAACGAGGCAAUUACUCACAUUUAUGGUGAGCUUUGAUUUAAGUAAUCCAUUAAUGUUUAGACGUUCAUUAACCUCUGCAGGGCUGGCUUAUCCAACUGUACUGUCUCCUUCAUGGAUCAAAAAUCAUCAAAUUUCUGCUGACUCAGCGUUGCCACCAACGAACUAUCAAUCAAAUUCUCCUUAA